GCAGUUCAACUUCUGACGCAGAAGAAAACGUCAAUUCUCAAGAUGGUGUCCAAAGUGGUGUUCUUUGCCCUCUUCCUGACCUGUGUCGUCGCCAUGACCUUGGCUGGCCCAGUGGCCGAACCGGAACCGGAACCAGGCUACGGCUACGGCGGAUAUGGCGGUUUCGGUGGAUUCGGCGGCUUUGGUCGUGGUGGAUAUGGUGGUUAUGGUGGCUACGGAGGAUAUGGUGGUCGUGGUGGCUAUGGUGGCUACGGAUGGUCAGGCUAUGGAAAAUAAAGAACCGGCUGGCAACCCUUCCCCAGUGAAGAAGACGAUGAGAACAGCAGAUCAUCGUUCAUCCUUCAUCACCAUCUCCGACUAAUUCGGAUAAAGGAUAUAGGUCACAUCCUUAAAGACUUCUCAUUUAUUUAAUAUAAUAAUUACAUCUUCGAAUUCGUAUUAUCGGAUGUUAAAAAGGUCAUCUUUAUGUAUAAAAAUAUCAAUGUUUCUGUCCAUCAAAAGAGAUUCCGUGAUAACAUGAAGCUAUAAAAAGAGAAAAAUAAAGAUUACAAUGAA